AUGGAGAGUGCCGCAAGAGAUGAGCUUGUUUGCAACCACACAGACGCCUGGGAUUGGGUUUACACCAUGCAGCCGGCCUAUAUGUCCAUCAUCUGUCUUCUUGGAGUGAUCGGCAACGCCUUUGUGCUGGUUGUGUUCUGUCUCCAGAAGCGGCGCAGCUCUGUGGCUGACAUCUACCUGAGCAACCUAGCAGCAGCUGAUCUCCUCAUGGUUUCCUGCCUGCCGUUCUGGGUAGCAACCAUUAUCAAUAAGUUCCACUGGAGGUUUGGGGAGCCCAUGUGCCAGCUUAUCAACAUUGUCAUUGGGAUGAAUUAUUAUUGCAGUGUGCUGUUCCUUACACUUGUGAGCGUGGAUAGAUACGUGGCCCUCACUAGACCUCUAACCCAGGAGAGGGAGAGACGGUCCUUUUGGGCACGUGGGAUUUGCUUCAGUAUCUGGAUUGCUGGGGUCUUGCUCAGCUUCCCGGCCAUCCUCUUCCGCUCUGUCCAGUUCUACCCCCCUCUGGGCAUUGAUGCAUGCUACUUAGUGUAUCCCCAUGAAGGCUGGAGACUGCGCUUCAACAUGACUGUCAGCAUAGUAGGCUUCCUUAUCCCUGUUCCUAUUGUAUCCUUCUGUAGUUACCAUAUCACUAAAGUCCUUCGGACCAGCCAGAACAUGAGAAAAGGCAGCAGAGGCAGUGUGGAAAGGAAGGCGGCAUGCCUUGUACUCAUUGUUCUGGCUGUAUUCAUUCUCUGCUGGCUGCCCUACCAGAUCCUGAUCUUGUUGGACACCUUGGAUUAUUAUGAAGUCAUCUCUGGAUGUACAUGGGCAUACGUGUUGGACAUUGGCAACCAGUUAGCUACUUACCUUGGCUAUAGUAACAGCGCAUUGAAUCCUUUCCUGUAUGUGAUUGUGGGGAAGCACUUCAAGCAGAGGGCGAGGGAAGUGUUUAGACAUUUGCUGUGCAGGAGGAAAUGGCAAUGGGGAAAGUCUGGUCAUUCCAAUCCCAUGGAGCAAAUGAACCUUGUAUCUGUGGCAACACUGUGGUCUGAAAACACCAGUGCGUCUCUGCCAUCCGGUUCAUCAGAGUCUCCGAUCUCUGAAGAAUGGGAGAUGAUCCAUGCAAUCAUCCCUCCGUACAUCUUCACCUUAACCCUGCUAGGCCUCGUUUUUAAUAGCUUUGUCCUGGUGGUGUUCCUCACCCACAGGGAUCGACUGACUGUAGCUGAGAUUUACCUGAGCAACCUGGUCCUGGCUGACUUUAUUCUCCUGUGUGGCCUCCCCUUCUGGGCGAUGAACAUCCUCAAUCACUUUAACUGGCCCUACGGAGAUGCCUUAUGCAAAAUGGUCAACUCUGUCAUCAUUAUCAAUUUUUACACCAGCGUCUACACUCUGGUCAUGAUUAGUGUUGACCGCUACCUGGUAGUUGUGAAGACCAUGAAGGCCAGGUUGCUGAGACGGACACUUUAUGCCAGGGUGAUCUGCUUCAUCCUGUGGAUGUUAGGCCUUAUACUGAGCACGCCCACCAUGGUUCACAGAAAGGUGAAGUUCAUCGAGGAGUUCAAGACCAUGUCCUGUAUAUUGGAUUACAAUCAUAACAGCGCUUGGAAGUUGGCCCAUCAGAUUCUGAUGAACAUAGUGGGCUUUGUACUCCCUGUUCUGGUCAUUGUUUACAGCAGUGUGAACAUAAUCAAGGCUUUAGCUCAGAGGAGGGAGAGUGUAGGUUUCCAUGACAAUAAUGACACAAAGGCCACAGUACUUGUGUAUGCCGUCACACUAUUAUUCUUACUGUGUUGGGGUCCGUUUCAGGUGUUCACUUUCCUUGACACACUGUGUGAUGUCCAAGUGUUGAAUGAGAUGCUGUGGUCCCACAUUCUCGACAUAGGGGGGCAGGUUUCAGUGUAUCUUGCCUUUCUCAACAGUGUCCUGAACCCACUGCUGUAUGUCUUCUCAGGGCAGUACUUUAGGAGGAAAGUUAGCGCCAUCUAUAGGAGGACCAGACAUUAUCGCAGAGGAUCAGAUAUGACCACAAAUCAAUGCUCGGUUGCAUCCACUUACAUUAACAGAACAGAGCAAAUUAAGAUUGUGGUGAUUCUUAAUGCAAAGGAUCUGAUGUGACUCUUCAUAACAUCCUGUCCCCCACUUCUGUUACUGCUUAUGGAAAAAGAGAUGUAAUAUACAGGAUAUGAGUCUCAAAUUGUUAUUUCAUGAGACUUAACACAAUAAUAAUGCUGUUAUAUGGUUAAACAGCACUAUCAGAUGAUGUGUAAUAAUGCGCUUUGCAGAAAUAAUUGACCUGUGGAGAUAAUGGACAUAAUCUGUAGAAGAAAUGGAAGCAGAUUUUAUGGCCCACAAAAGACAAUAAUUGUCUUGAUCUGCAGAUACGCACUAGGCAUCUGAAUCUGUCUCUUUGAACUGUAACAUAGCUAUACUGUUACUGGACUUGAUGUGAUGUUUUAAAACCAUCCAUUUCUGAAAUGCUAACUAGUUCAAUUGUUUCUCUUAACUCUUUAAAGAAGUUUAUACUCUGCAAGCUAUCAUGAGAAAAUGACCACCUAUGUCCAUGUAUUUACAUUUACAUUCAGUAUUCUGAUUUAGAGUAUAUCUUGGCAUGUAAACAAAGAUUUGUUUAAUACUGACACUGUUUGCUAGUUUCUCUUUAGUCUGGACAGUCAUUACUUAAUCUACUUUUGUGUA